AUGGGUUUCAGUUUCCAUGGCCACAGACGCGAUGUCGACGCUGAGAAGCAUCUCAGACGGCUGCACAAGACAACACCAUUCAUCGAAUCCCCGCUAGUCGGUGCCGAUCACCACAACCUGGUCUUCUCUCAACGACACGAGGCUAAUAGCGUUGAACUCUUUUUCGACUUGUUCUUCGUUGCAAACUUGGCAACGUUCACGUCAUACCACUCUAUUACCGAUGGCGACUACCUGCUUGGAUACAUUGGCUUCUUUGGCAUCUUAUGGUCCUGCUGGUUCCAGAUUACGCUCCACGAUGUACGAUUUGCUCGAGACUCGUUGUAUGAGCGUGCAUGCAAGACGAUUCAGUUUAUCGUCUUUGUUGGCCUGGCACUAGUCGGGAGUCAAUUCAACCCAGCAAGUAAGAAGGGAAAGAUGAAUAGCACCAACUUUCGUAUCUUAUGCUACACGUUGGUCAUAAGCCGCGGCCUUCUCGCCAUUCAGUACCUCGUUGUUCUCUUCUUCACUUGGAGAGCAAAAUACUCAAAGCUAUUCCUGCCUUUGCUCCUCAUGUUUGUCAUCUACGCAGUCAGCAUGGCUGCCUUUGCUGGUAUGACACCGGCCUUCAGCGUCAACCUCGAAGUCAACAACAAACGACGACUUGUUUACCUUGUCUGGUAUGUUGUCAUGGUACUGGAGGCUAUCGCGGUUAUUACGAUCUCUUGCUUCUGGCGGAUGCUCAGCUUCAAGAAGACGCACUUGAUGGAGCGCAUGAGCUUGCUUACGAUUAUCGUCAUUGGUGAAGGUGCGAUUGGCGUUACCAAAACUGUCAGCAGAAUCAUGGGGAAGCACGGACUGGAAGUCGAAGGCUGCUUCUUGAUCAUGUGCAUCAUCGUUAUCCUGGUGCUGAUCUGGGCUUUAUACUUUGACAAUUUCCCUCAUGGCCACUACGGAACCAUCCGCCAACAGAUUUGGAGUCUUCUACACUUCCCAUUCCAACUCGGAAUUGUGGGCAUCGUGGAAGGUUCGCAGCAAAUUGCUCUAGCCCGCUUCAUAACCAAGAAUGCUCGAAAAAUCACCAAUACCAUUGUGAAGCACUGCCAGAAAGAGAACCUUGACGGAGAGAAGUUGCAGGACAGUCUGAUGGACCUGCUAGAAUACUUUCAGCUCAAUCAGAAGGCUGAGACCCGAGACUAUUUCGUCAAUGCGCGGUCGGCUAUCUGGGCCAUUGGAAAUUCCACCGGUAUAUGCUCCCCUGAGAAAGCUGCUUCCUAUACUGCGGGUGACGAUGCGGAGAAUAGUACCUGGCCUAAGGCUCUCCAGCAAGUAAGCUCCAGCAUAAGUAACGGCAUGUACACCGGUCUUGGCAUAAAACUCCCCGUGGACAAGCUCGAGAAGUACAGUCCACUCGAAGUUGGACUAGGGGCCUGGAGGCUUGUGUAUCUGUACUCAUGGUCUUCGUUUUGUCUCAUCAUGAUCUGCCUGAUCUUAUUCCUAUUUCUCAUCCGCAGGCACAAGGCUGACCUCUUCGACUACACGUCCAUUAUCUCGCGGUCCCUUGCUCUUGGGGUCGGAGGGGCCAUGUUGGCGAUCAUGGCCGACAAUGCCAGACUCUACGCUGCCAUCGAAUCGCCGGCCCUCCUACCUAUCAUCGUAGUCCUCCUGUUUUCGAUACUAGUCGUCGACAAGAUAAGCGUUCUCUAUUGCAACAAACAACUCCAAAAGAGCAAUGUGCAAUACGCGUUGGAGCUACCACCCGCCACAUCAGGAAUACGCCUUGGAGCCACUAGCAAGUCCCGCACUCACUGUACCAAGCCCUGA